CUUCGUCGAAUGUUGAGAGUGGUGCCGGUCACUGCACGUUCGCCCUUGAGCAACGAGGGUACUGAGGAAUACACACUGUACUUGUGCCCUUGAUGGCCUGUUCGCGGGGAUGGGUGGUCGUCGUGGCGGCCUCCACCAUCAAUUUAUUUACGCUGGCCUUGAUGCGGUCGGGUGCCAUUGUUUACGUGGAAAUCGCCAGCGAGUUCGGAGUAUCUCGAGCGGACGCUUCUUGGCCAAUGUGCCUGGCCACGGUCUUCAACUUGUUAGCAGGUCCCAUCUCAGGAAUCUUAGCACAACGCUUUCAGAUCUCAACCCUACUUGUGGUCGGCUGUUUAUUAGCAUCUCUUCCUGUCUCUGCCAGCUACUUCGCCAGUGAUGUGUCAUUCCUGAUCAUAAGUCUGGGCGUCGUGCAUGGGUUCGGCUUGUCUUUGCUGACGCUGGGCUACGCUGCCGUCAACCAGAGCGUGACUACGUACAAAGCACUCGCUUCGGGAAUCACAAUCGGUGGCAGUGUGGUUGGGGGAAUCAUCUUCCCGCCAGUGGUGCAGUUCCUCUUUGACGAGUACGGCACCAAGUGCGGCUUUCUCGUCUUCGGCGCAGUCAUGCUGAACUCCACAGUGGCAGCGCUGUUCACAAGGACGCCUUGGCGAGAAACAACUGCUAGCGCAGGACUCGAGAAAAAGCGUGCGAAUGUUCCUCAAUGACAGUCUCCAAUGUCGUGCACGCGUACUCUUACGAGUCCAACAGCGAUACCCAAGCACUGAAACCCCAUGACCAUAAACACUGUGAUACCGACUCAUUAAGCAUGUGUAAAGGGACAAUGGCACUCGACACGUCUCUAGCAUUGCAGUGAUUGCGCGAAGACACGUGAGUGCGAAGCGCCUCUAAAUACCGUUGAAAGUCCUCUGAGGAAGAAAACUUUUCCACAGAACACCUUGGCGAAGUGGCUCGUGUUCUUGAAGAAUCCGAAGUUCUACGUUAGUUGCCUAUAGCUUGGGUCAGAUCUGGUACCUGAACACGACGCUCCUCACUGUCGUGGUGGACUACGCUGUGGAAUGCGGUGUUCCCAAGUGGAACGCCGUCUCGCUCGUCACGUUCAUAACAGUACCUGAUCUCGUGUGCAGAUUCGUUUCCGGGCCCAUAACGGACAAAGGGCUUCUUCGAAAGAGUACCAUGAUGGCACUGUGUCUAACCGCGAACGGAAUCGCGCAUUCGUUGCUUCCGCUCUUCGCAUCCUACCAUGCGCUGGCGGUACUAUCAGCGAUGGCAGGUACCUGCAACGGCAUAGCUGUGACACACAUUUUCGUGCUGUGCGGUGAGCUGGUAGAUCCAGCAGUGUUCAGCCUGUGUCUGGGCGCUGCCAAUUUCGUGGCCGCGUUCGCACUCCUGGAGAGGCCACUGAUGAUUGGUUACUGUAGAGAAAAGCUCGGAAGCUACGAUGGCCUGUUUUACUUCAGUGCCAGUGUAGCCUGGAGUAGUGCGAUUCUCUGGCUUAUCGUAUACCUUCAUGAGAGGCGAACGACGGGUGCAAAACUGCUUUCAAAUGCAACUUCUCGUUGAUGCCUACGUUAUGCUAGGUUAAAUAACAAUAAUCCUAAAGAUCACACGUCCGAUUUAGCUAAAAGCCUGCUUGCGUAGUGGA